CAAGUGUUUUGAGUAAUCCAAUUUCCACUGAAAUCAAUCCUUUCCCGUCCUUAAUUCUCUCUCUUAACCUCUAGAAAAUGUCUAGCUGCGGAGCAAACUGUGGGUGUGGCUCUGACUGCAAGUGUGGCAGCGGUUGCAAAUGUGGAAUGUAUCCUGACUUGGAGGUCCAGACCGCAGCUCAUGCAACCAUCGUCACUGGUGUUGCACCAAACAAAACGUAUGCGGAGGGAUCUGAGAUGAGCUUUGGAGCAGAAGGAGGGCAUGCCUGCAAGUGUGGUAAAAGCUGCACCUGUAACCCAUGCAAGUGUGGUAACAGCUGCAACUGUUGAUCAAAAUUGGACCCUGACCUCAAAAAAAGCAGCUGUGGCUUAAUAUAAAAUAAUUGUGACUUUGUGUCGUAAGUUUUUACAGUAGAAUAAGACAGCCAUGGGCUUCUCUUAAUGUGUCUUGUGGCUACUUUAUUAGUGUAGUAGUUGUAUCUCAGUCUGCUUUGUGGGUAUUGGGGUUUUGAUAUCUGUAUUAAGGAGAAGCUGGAUUGUACAACAAGAAUGAAAUUAAUAUAGGUCCACUUCAGCCCAAUUCCUUGUCACCUCUUUUGUAGCUUGAAGGCGAGGCACUUUUACUACUAUUAUGUCAGUGCUUUGGAUUUGGAAUCGGAUGAAAUUUAAUUCAAAAUUUGUACUAAA